AUGAACGUCGGCGACGAGACCAAGGCUGUCAAGCUGUUCUCCAAGCAGCUGCUGCAAGCCGUCGACGCGGUCCACGGCGCGGGCGUGAUCCACAGGGACGUCAAGCCGAACAACAUCUUGUUCGCGAGGGGCGGGAAGAUCAAGCUCAUCGACCUCGGCGGCGCCGCGGAUUUGCGCGUGGGGACGAAUUACGACAAGGACGAGACCGUGUUCGAUCCGACGUACGGCCCGCCGGAGAAGUAUCUGGACGUGAAGGGCGUGGGGAACAUCUUCGGCGCGGCAGCGGGGUGGGCGUCCGGGAAGCCGGACCUGUUCGACGCGUUCUCGUGCGGGAUGGUCAUCCUUCAGUGCGCGUGUCCGUCGCUGCGGAAAGGGAAGGCGAUGAACGGCGUGAAGCGGGAUCUGAACGUGUACAACUACGACGCGGAGCGGUGGAGGGACACGCUGUCGGAGAAGCGGCAAGAGGAUUUCGCGAUAUUAGACGCGGACGGAGGGAAAGGUUGGGACCUCGUCGUCGGGUUGCUGUCGCAGCGCAAAGGGCGGACGUCGGUGAAGAAGGCGCUCGGGCACCUGUUCCUUCGCUGA